AUGCGGCGUCAGCUGAUUUCGCAAAAUAAAACCGGUGGAAAUUACCUCAUCGCUGCUGUGUUUGCAUCUAGACUAGGGAUUUGCUUCGAUGCGUAGACGACGAACCGGGCUUGUUUUGUGCGAUGAUGAUAAAUCUGGGCCGAGAGUCAGUGUUUUAUUUUUCGCGACCCAAAGGCGUCGCCUUUUUGGCGGUGGGGUUACCGUUUGGCCUACGUUGAAACGAUGAAUGAAUUUCUGGUUUUUAAUGACUUUCGACGGUCUAGUGACAGUGCGGCAGGCAAAUUGGAGAGGGAAUGAUUCGUUUGUGAUGAAGGAAAAAAGUUCGUAUCGUUGCUGGGAAAUGUUUUUUGCACAGUUUUAUUUACUACUCAAGUUCAGUUUAUACGCGGUAUUCGCCAUGGUUGGUUCAGAAGUUCGACACAGUUGGAGAUGAGAUGAAAAUGAACUUUUAGUAAGAGUGACCGACUGCAAAGUUUAUUGGAUGGAUGAUAUAAUGUUGAUAUAUAUAAUUUUACUCAGUUCACUGUUCAAAACGUACUCCGCGGCUCCCUUCACAUUCCCGGACGAUAGCCGGUCGAGCCAAAAUCGAAGUCAGCAAAUUUCCUCACGACAGGACGAGUUCGAAGGACGCAGCUUGCGGGGAGGCUACAGUCAAGACAAACGGCCCGAUUACAGCCGGUAUAGUGUUUACGAGCACGAAUACGAGGAUCUGCGCAGGUCAACUACGACGGUGCGACCGUAUCUAACAACAACAACAGCACGAACGACUCUCCGAGGACAACUGAACUACAGCCGACGGCCAAACGCCUAUUUCAACCGAUUGCCACCACCGAAAAAUGACGAACCGAUCGACGCGGAACCAGAAGACGAUUACAGCGACGAAAACGUCAUUGAUGCCCUGGAUCCGGUAACAUCGAACCCGGUAGCCUCCGCGGAUUAUAGUAACACUAACUAUGGAAGCAAACCUACGGUUUUCAGCAAUAAUUUCUACGAUUUGAACCACAAAUUCUUUGGGCUGGGAAAUAUUUUCGGAGAGGAUCGUCGCAAACACAAGUUUAAAUUUAAACGACGGAAACCGGGUCAACCUUGCAUUCCGUACGAUUUCUAUAAUAGAUAUCGAAGUGCCGACCCGAAAACAUUAAUUCCUCCCCUGAACCUGGUACUAGCGGACGUAAACUAUUACUCACCGUCAAACAACUAUAACAGUGGUCAUGGGGUUGGAGGAUCCGACACGCCCACCAACGGCCAGGGAGCUAUUUUCCACAAUAACUUCUACGACGCCGUCGGUGGCUAUCCAUGCGUGGGGACCGUAAGUUCCGGCCACAAACCGCACAAACCGCACAAACCGCAUGGCGGACCGCUUGGGUUCUUCGGACAGGGAGGACUAUUCGACUGGGCACCCUCCGCGGAUGCGGUCCAGAGUGAUACCGGGGUAGGGGGCACGUCCAACCGGCCGACUGUGGUUUUUAAUCUGAACGAUGCUAUCGAUACGGUGGCAACGAAUUGGAAACCAGGAGAAAGCUUUCAGAACAUGAUGAAGGUGAUUGCUGAAUUCAUCACAUCGGUAGCCGGAGGAGCUCCCGUUGCUGCUAGUGAGGUUGUUGGCGAUACUGUCGACACAGUGCGCAAAGUUAACCGAGAGUUUGUAAGUUUGUUUACAUGAAAUACAGUG